CAUCCCCAUAGCAACAGCAGCAGCUGGUCCCUAGAUAAGAGGAGCUGGAGCGGGGCAGCAGCAGCCUCUGCUGCAGAGCAACCAGCCAGCCUCAGUGAAUAGGAAAGCCUCCUCCUAGUCUCUGGCCUUCUCAUCCCGGGGCCCUCACCGAUUGUAUAAGAAGCACACCCGCUCUCCUUGGAUGAUGUCCACUGAGCAAAUGCAGCCCCUGGAGCUCUCAGAAGACAGACUAGACAAACUAGACCCUCGUUACAGCCACUUAGCAGAUGAUCUUUCAGACCAGUUCAUUAAGGACUGUGAUCUCAAAAAGAAGCCAAGAAAGGGGAAGAACACACAGGCCAACCUGAAUGUUGAGUCAGACCAAAAAAAACCAAGGAGGAAAGAUACACCCGCCCUGCACAUCCCACCUUUUAUACCAGGUGUGAUUUCAGAACAUCUAAUUAAAAGAUAUGAUGUUCAGGACAGACGUCCAAAGGGCAAAGUAAACCCAGCUCUUCAUAACUCUGACCUGGAACAGAAAAGGCCAAGGAGAAAAGACACACCUGCCUUGCACGUGCCCCCCUAUGCAGCAGGUGUGAGACUGCUCAGGGACCAGAGACCCAAAGCGAUUGUGGAAGAUGACGAAAAGGAUGGUGACAAGAUAGCUAUUUAAAGAUAUUUCCCCUGAGAUCACUUGUAAAUAGGUUAGAUUGGUUCCCUAUGGUGACCUAGGGAAAAAAAUAGCCUUGUUUCUGUUCGCAUUUUGUCCUAGUCUGACGUUCAGAUCUAGACACCUCCUCCCCAAGAGACAUACUACAUCAGAUUGCCAGUCACCUCUGCUGUCUUUUUUUUAUCUUUCUUGAGCCUGGUUUCUAUUCCAACUCCAUACAUUUUCAUUUUCCAAUGCAUGAGAAAAGAAACAGAUCACCCCAAAUUAGGAGUUAACAGGGAAAGCUUGGGGAAUUCCAUUUCUGCAUCUUCUGGAUCAAUUCACAGAGCAGAGAACAUGGAUAACAAGGGGAUCCUUUGUGGCUGGUUCAUCUGUGAGUCAGAACUCACCAUCCAAACACCAGUUCUAGUAGGGACUCCCUAUUCUAGCUGGGGAGGUAAGAAGGUUUGGGUCUUAAUUCACUGAUUGCCCUGGAGUCUUAUUUCUCCUGCCCUGACUUGAGAGUCCAGUUCUUUUGACGCUCCUAAGAAUCUUGUAACAGAAGCUGUAAAGUGAAUUUAUGAACUCUAAGAGUCGACCCAGUUCCCCAUGGCAGGGCUGAAAAUGCCGGUAACAGAGAGGACUUGUCUGUCUGGAAAUUUUACCAACAUAUCCUCUUAUUUAUUUAUUUUUUUUUUUUAAAAAAAAACAACAAUUCUUCACCAUGGUUGUCCUGACAUUUGAGAAUUAUGUCACAAGUGAGUUAUUACCAAUGGUGGGUAAAAUAUCAAUGCUCAUGAUGGAUUUACUUUUUAUAAAUUUAAAGCCAAAUGAAGGUCAUUCUCGUAUUUUUGGGCAUCUCACUUAUUUAGGUUCCUUCACGGUUUGUUACAGAAGAGAGGAAAUUGUGGUGUUAGCCAGUAAGCAGUGGUCUGUAUUUAGCUCCUGUCCCGGCUUCCAAUCUGUGGGUGCCUUUGAGGAGUUUUGCAAAUGGAUCUCAUCCAUCAACCAAUAGAUGAGGAAAAAGACGAGAACUACCAUUAAAAAUAAGAAAAGUCAAUAUUGAAAUCAUCAUAUUUCAGAGUGAGAAUACGGAAGCUCUGUGUAUUUCCUAGUUCCAACAGUUUAUUAAUUCCUUCUGUGUUUCUGUUCCCCUCACAAAGAGGAAAAAGAUGCAAGACAGCUGGAAAUAAAGAUACUUCUAUCCACA